GACCCCAGCCCGCAGCGUGAAGAGCUCCGCAAGUCCCAGCCCCGCCAUGCAGUGCUGCCUGCUCCUCGUCCUGGCCCUGCUGGGCGCGACCUCCGCCAGCCCUCCCGCCCCCGCCAGACCCGAGGCGGAGGCGGCGGCGCUGGCGCUGCCGGAGGACGAUGGGGACGACGGGGACGACGGGGGCGACGCCCGGUGCCCGCUGGCGAGCGAGACGCGGACGCUCAGCGUCUCGGACCCGCUGGCUGCCACCACCUACCGCUACGUCGUUGUCAACCACUGCCGCACCUUCCACGGCGCCCAGGCGGUGUGCCGCCGGUGCUACGGCGGGCAGCUGGCGUCCGUGCACAGUCCCCGCGUCAACGCGCUCCUGCGCUGCCGAGCGCGGCUCUGCACCAACCGCGGCCAGGUCUGGAUCGGGGCCGUCACCCGCCCCAGGGUAAGGGACCCGCGGGAGGGGACCCGCGACACCGCCCCGGCCCCACCGCACCCUGCCCGACCCGGUCACCUGCCCUGUCACCUGUCCCCGGUGCCCACUCUGGGUGUCCCAGCCCUGUCUCAGUGCCCCCAGUGCGCACCCUGGGUGUCCCAGCCCUGUCCCCCACCCCGCCGUGCCCGGUGUCCCCAUGCCCUUGCCCCUCUGGCAGGGACACACCGUGAGCUGCCACUGGGCCGACGGGAGCCCCUGGAACUACUCGUGCUGGUCGCGCGGGUACCCGCUGUGCUCCGGCUGCUUCUGCACCGCCCUCUGCACCAACAACGGGCGCUGGAGGAGCGUGCGCUGCCACGCGAAGCUGCCCUUCGUCUGCCAGUACUGAGGGGCUCAGCCCCUGCAGUGCCCUGUGCCCCCGGCACCCCUGCGCCCCCGGAUCUUAAUAAAGUCUCAGCUGUCAGCGCCCAUCUCUGUGCUCAGGCGCUGGGAGGGUGGGGGAUCCUGGGGCUGUAACAGGGGUGCUGGGACACCCUGGGGUGCACAGGGGGGAGGUUUGGGGACAGGGGUGUCCCUUAUGUCCUGCAUGGCCCCUGCAUGGGCAAUGGGAGGGCAUAGGGUCCCCUCCC